GGCAAAGAAGAUGGAGCGGCAUGGCUGUUUGCGUUAUAUUGUCGUGUGUUUCUGCCUUGUGUUGUGUGUUUGGAGCACAACAGCCAUCAAGAACAUUACCUACUAUGAGACUGGUGGGUGCUUCGCUCGCAUCAACUCGAGAAAGAAAUGCGAAGGCUUCCUCUACAAAAACAUAAGUGUGGCGCAAUGCUGCAGUCGUGGAGGCGCCUAUUAUACAAAACGAAACAUCACCGAUAAAGAAAUCUUCAGAAAUUUUUUCUUCAAGCAGCCUAAUUACCAAGAGCUCAACCCUCCCAACUCUCCCAAAUUUCUUGUUGUUGGGAUGGACGAUUGUAAGCCAUGCAGAGUCUGGAAGUAUAGUCUUAAACCAGUGACAUGCAAGAACAAGAAGUGCACACUUGGUAAGGUGUGUAAGAARAUAAAGAACAAAGUACGAUGUGUCUGCCCUCAGAGGAACUGCUCAAACAAAUCACUUACAGUUUGCAGUAACUUCAACAUAACUUAUCUGUCGGAGUGUCACAUGAAAAGAAGGGCUUGUAAUUAUGGCCGGGAGGAGUGGGUCAUGUACAAUGGCAGUUGCCAAGAGGUAGCAAACUGCAAUACCAUCAAGUGUACUUCUGGUCAGCAGUGCAUCAUGAAUGUAAAGAAACCUCUAUGUAUCGACUGUAGUACUGGCUGCAAAAGCACAGCCAAUAAACCUAUUAAUUAUUACGGCAAGAAGGUAUGCGGCUCAAACCAUAGGACUUUCCCAAACUUAUGUGCUUUGAAGAAGCACAUUUGUUCCAAACAUGUAGCUGUUGAUGUUGUGAACUAUGGAAAGUGCCUACUCGGAAGAAAAUUUCCAUCAUUGAGUGUACGUAAAUUUAAAGCGCUCCAGCGAAAAGAAYUGACAGUCCAACAGCUGCUUCAGUUGGGUAAUAAACUUGGAGUACCGCUAACCUUAAAGAAAAAGGCACGGAAAAAUAUMUUGAUGCAGAAAGUCAGUAUUAAUCGUUUACUUCACCAUAUUUACAAAACUGUCACCAAAAGCAAGAUAUAGCUGUUUUAAAAGAGGUUGUAGGUGAGAACGGCGAUUAGCAAUUGUCUAACCGAGUUUUUUGCUUGAGAGGCGCUAUAUAACAUUUCUAAGGCUUCAGCGACCUUGGGCAAUACUCCAGUUUCGAGAUCUUAACCUCGAAAGCAUGUAAUAUAUUUCUUUUAUUCAGCAGAGAUCCUAUUGUUAUAAAAAUGCUUGAAGCUAAGCUUGCACAAAAGAGAAUUUGAAACUGGAGUAUUACCAUUCUCCGUUCUCACAACCUUUCUUGAAAUAGGUGCAGUUAAUACUAAGAAUGGAAUGAGUGGAAUUAUUGUCAGUAAGCUUGUGCAGUUUGAAUACUAUUGGCCUUUCUGAAAUUUAACUAAAGGGGUGUAAUAAUAUAGUAAAUGCUGCCAGAUACURCUGUUAGAUGGUAAAUACACUUUGUAUGGAGUCAAGCUUUCGMUGUUCUACAGCAUCAUGAAGACUGAAUACAAUGUGCUAAAUUAAGGUGCCUGAAAAUACUCCAAUAUUGGAAACUAGAACCCUCGCCGCGUGAAAGACCGUACUGUAGCCUGCGUGGCGGCUCUAGGUGAAGGGGGAAAACGGAAGGGGAGGGCCUAUCCAACAGCGUUACACAGGACUUGUUGGACGAUUAAGAUCACAGUUUUCCCUCRCUGACUUUUCAAUCCAUCUUUCUGUGUUGUUUUGGUUUCAAGAGUUCUCGAAAUAGCCUGAAUAUCGUUAUUUUUACUGCGAAUUUAAAACGUCAAUCACAUCGUUGAUUUAAACCAAUCAGGAAGCGCGGCCUCUCGCGAGUACACGAUUUAGCGGUUCUUUAGAGCAGGCUCUCCUUUUUUCCGCUCCGCCUCCCCACCACCUCCCCCCUUCCCCCUCCUUUAGAGCCGCCACGCAGGCUAACCGUACUGCAAUUAGAGUUAUUUUGACUCUAUUUGCUGGAAUACACUUAUUUCAAAAAGCGUUGUCGGGGAGAACGRCGAACGGCGAUUGUCGAAGGGAGAAUGCACGACCGAAAGGGACUAUGGUUACGCUGUUUGACAUACAAAAAAUUCAAUUGUUAGGUUUACUUGCGUGAAAAAGGAGACUAAAUGGAGCCRAUGAUGACCAUAGRAAAUCUUACGGUAAAAAUUAGUCAUUAUUCCCCAUCCAUUAGCAAAACCCAUGGCUCCUUUCGGYCGUGCAAUCGCCGUUUGACAAUUGCCAUUCGCCAUUUUAUCCGACAACCUUUUUUGAAAUAGGUAUAACCACCGAGUGGCAAUUUUUUAUGAAAUUUGCGAUAAUAUAACAGGAUGCAUGUUUCUUAGGACGACGCUCCAAUGUCUCAUACAUCCUGUUAUCUAUGUAUGUUUUCUUAGGACGACGCUCCAAUGUCUCAUACAUCCUGUUAUCUAUGUAUGUUUUCUUAGGACGACGCUCCAAUGUCUCAUACAUCCUGUUAUCUUUUAUUCGAGUUUUAAAACACUCAGUGAAUAUACUAAUUUUAGUAAGUAUGCUCUUUCUUGUUUUGGGACCGCUUCUUGAUCCGUUCCACAGCAUUGAGAUUCUGGCUCGGCACCAGCCCCUUAAUAAAUUUCGGAAAGGCCAAUUGGCCAAUUAUUGUUUAAUUAAAAACUAUAUAACGUACUCUAUCGUUGGCCAAUUAUUAUACUAGAAACUAUACAACAUAAAGUGCUCUGUCACUGGCCAAUUAUUAUACUAGAAACUCGGUAUACUAUAUAACGCGCUCUAUCAUUGGCCAAACAAUAUAACGCGCUCUAUCAUUGGCCAAACAAUAUAACGCGCUCUAUCAUUGGCCAAACAAUAUAACGUGCUCUAUCAUUGGCCAAACAAUAUAACGUGCUCUAUCAUUGGCCAAACAAUAUAACGUGCUCUGUCACUGGCCAAUUAUAAAUACCAGGCAAAAAUACAGGAAAGCCUUCAAAGGACUUUUACUUCAAUCUUGAAUAAUCUCUAUUGCCUACAGCUAUUUCUAGAUAACUGAGAGACUCUGAUUCGUGAUUGGUUGAAAAUGACGUUMUUUGUAAGUCGCCAGCGCGCGCACGCUUCAAUAAAAAAGAGAAAAACUUCAUUCUAACACACAUAUUUUCACACAUUUUUGUUGAAAAAUGUACAAGUAUCAUUCCUAAAAACUAAAUUAUUUUUUGAAUACGGCAUACGGAAGAGGGCCAUGAGGGAGCAACUCCUGAAUUUGUCAGGAAAAAUUACUCAUGUAUGUAAAAUAAUGAUGAAAUGGUAAGACAGAGUCGGUCUUUAUUGGGAAAGACUUGGUCGUCGCCAGGACACACUCCACAGUCUGUAUCCUGCAAAGAACAUUUGCAUUGGGAUAUUWUGGGGAAUCAAAUAAUCACCAUUGCACUAUGAAGUGUACAUCUUKGCGAGGCUAUGAGGUUUUGAAUAACUGAAAGUGAAUAUGUAAUUAUAUACGGCAAUCCCGAGAUUCUUUGCAGGCUCAAGACCGCAGACUGUGUCCUGGCGACGACAACGUUUUUUUGAAAUAGGUGUAAAAGAUAGGUGCAACUUGUCGGCUUUUCUCAAUAGGUCUUAUAGAGAAGACGAAAAAUUCAAUAAAAGUGGCAAAACUCAAUAAAAUGCAUUCUCAUA